UCCUCCCUCUUCUUCUUCUUCUUCUUCUUCUUCUUCUUCUUCUCCGACUCCGAUCCAGGCGCGGGCGGAAAGAGGAAGAGGAAGAGGAAGAGGAAGGCAAGAUGGCUUUAUUAUUAGAUUUCCUGCUGGUGGUUUUUCUGGCCGCCGCGGCUCUUCAUCCGCUCCACCUGCAGGUUAUUGCGGUGAAACCACUGGCUGAUCUUAGGGUCAACACUAUGAUUCUUCAGAAUUCAAUUGUGGAGGAGAUUAACACAAAUCCAAAUGCUGGAUGGAAAGCUUCCAAUAAUCAUUAUUUCACAAAUUACACUGUUGGCCAGUUUAAACAUAUUCUUGGAGUCAAGCCAACACCUCAAAAUGCAUUGGAAGAUAUUCCAGUAAAAACUUAUCCUAAAACUUUGUGGCUUCCUAAGAAUUUUGAUGCUAGAACAGCUUGGUCACAAUGCAGCACUAUUGGGAGAAUACUUGAUCAAGGUCACUGUGGUUCCUGCUGGGCUUUUGGUGCUGUGGAAUCAUUGUCAGAUCGAUUUUGCAUUCAUUUUGCCAUGAACAUUUCUUUGUCCGUGAAUGACCUCCUGUCAUGCUGUGGUUUCAUGUGUGGAGAUGGUUGUGACGGAGGGUACCCUAUCUAUGCAUGGAGGUACUUUGUCGAGAACGGUGUUGUUACUGAAGAGUGUGACCCAUAUUUUGAUAACACUGGGUGUGUUCAUCCCGGCUGUGAGCCUGCCUAUCCAACCCCACAAUGUGAAAAGAAGUGCAAAGAUAAGAACCUUCUUUGGGAGGAGACUAAGCAUUUCAGCGUCAAUGCAUACAGAAUAAAUUCCGAUCCUCGGGAUAUCAUGACGGAGGUCUAUACAAAUGGUCCGGUAGAAGUUGCCUUCACAGUCUAUGAGGAUUUUGCUCACUACAAGUCGGGAGUGUACAAGCACGUUACAGGCGAUGUAAUGGGCGGCCAUGCUGUAAAAUUAAUCGGAUGGGGAACUAGCGACAAGGGAGAAGAUUAUUGGCUUCUAGCGAACCAAUGGAACAGAGGCUGGGGCGACGAUGGCUACUUCAAGAUCGCGAGGGGAACAAAUGAAUGCGGAAUCGAAGAGGAUGUGGUUGCCGGUUUGCCUUCGUCCAAGAACUUAGUCAGAAAUAAUGUAAAGAGCGACGAAGCUCGUGAUGCUAGCCUCUGAUUUCCGCAUAAACUACGUAUUUUAUGCGACCAAAAAUUGUAAGACCUACCUUCAUAACAUAACUACGGGCGUACGAUGAUCUGUUGCUUGUUGCUUGCUGUGGAAAAACUGGAACGGUGUUUCCAACAACUGAAUUGUAUGUUGUACUUUACUCUCUCUCACAAGGGUUUAGAAGUUAAACAGUUAUACAUGCAAUAAAAGUUAUUCUCGCCGUUUUGCCAAA